CGAGACUCCCUCUCAAAAAACAAAAACAAAAACAAAAACAAACGCACAACAUUUUAUUUUCUUGUUUAUGAGGUUUCUUGUCUCUCUGGCUUCACCAGGAGAGGAGCACCAUCGAAGCAGGGAACCUUGUCGCCAUUGUUCUCUGCCGCAUUCCCCACACCUAGAGCACAGCCUGGCAUGGACAGAAGGUCCUCAGGAAAUAUCUGGUGGCCCCAAGCAAAAGAAGCAUCCAGGAAGGGAAAGCUGGGGGCUCCCCACUGCACUUGCCACUUGAGUCACAUUUUCAGAAGCCUCUGGAAAGUCGUGCACAGCCCAGGAGGGUUGAGCAAUUUUGGUUUCCUCUGAGGUUGAAGGACCCAGGCGUGCCAGCCCCACUCCAGGCACCUUGGGCAUGGAGGAGAGUGUCGUACGGCCCUCAGUGUUUGUGGUGGAUGGACAGACUGACAUCCCAUUCACGAGGCUGGGACGAAGCCGCCGGAGACAGACGUGCAGUGUGGCCCGGGUGGGUCUGGGUCUCUUGCUGUUGCUGAUGGGGGCCGGGCUGGCCAUCCAAGGCUGGUUCCUUCUGCAGCUGCACUGGCGUCUGGGAGAGAUGGUCACCCGCCUGCCUGACGGACACGGAGGCUCCUGGGAGCAGCUGAUACAAGAGCGAAGGUCUCACCAGAAUAACCCAGCAGCGCAUCUCACAGGGGCCAACUCCAGCUUGACGGGCAGCGGGGGACCGCUGCUAUGGGAGACCCAGCUGGGCCUGGCCUUCCUGAGGGGCCUCGACUACCACGAUGGGGCCCUUGUGGCCAACAAGGCUGGCUACUACUACAUCUACUCCAAGGUGCAGCUGGGCGGUGUGGGCUGCCCGCUGGGCCUGGCCAGCACCAUCACCCACGGCCUCUACAAGCGCACGCCCCGCUACCCCGAGGAGCUGGAGCUGUUGGUCAGCCAGCAGUCACCCUGCGGACGGGCCACCAGCAACUCCCGCGUCUGGUGGGACAGCAGCUUCCUGGGUGGUGUGGUGCACCUGGAGGUUGGGGAGGAGGUGGUCGUCCGUGUGCUGGAUGAGCGCCUGGUCCGACUGCGUGAUGGCACCCGGUCUUACUUCGGGGCUUUCAUGGUGUGAAGGAAGGAGCGUGGUGCAUUGGACGUGGGUCUGACACAUGGAGAACUCAGAGGGUGCCUCAGGGGAAAGAAAACUCACGAAGCAGAGGCGGGGCGCAGUGUCUCACGCCUGUAAUCCCAGCACUUUGAGAGGCCUAGGCAGGCGGAUCACCUGAGGUCAGGAGUUCGAGACCAGCCUGGCCAACAUGGCAAAACCCCAUCUCUACUAAAAAUACAAAAAUUAGCCAGACGGGGUGGUGCCUGCCUGUAAUCCCAGCUACGCGGGAGGCUGAGGCAGGGGAAUUUUGCUUGAACCCGGGAGGCGGAGGUUGCAGUGAGCCGAGAUCGCACCACUGCAGUCCAACCUGGGCAACAGAGCGAGACUUUGCCUCAAAAAAAGAAAGAAGAAAGAAAACUCAGGAAACAGAUCUUGGAUCACAUGCGAGGGAACCCAAAACUCGAAGGCGGAGAGUUCAGUGGGCACCACCAGGGACCAAGAACUCAGCCAUCUUGAGGGGUUGAAGACCCAGCAGGCACCUUCAGAAGACCCACAUAGACUGCAAACCCUGCCAUGGACAAUACUAAGGACAAAGACCCAGAGACUUGGGGUCUGUGGGCUCCCAAACAUUGGGUAAAGUUGAUUUGCCUGAUAUUCAGGAAGAAGGGGUGAGGGGUGGGUAUUUAUGCUUUUCAUUCAGAAGAAAGUGGGACUUGGGACUUCAGGAACUUGGCUGGGGGUGGGAAACUUCCUCCACUUCCCUCCUCUCAUCAUGAGUACAGACAGGGUGGGCGGGAGACUGAUCAUCAGGACUCAUCAUGUAGAGCCCAGCCCACCCCACCUACAGUCAGAGUCACAUACUCAGAUCCCACCCACAGACUGGUGGCCACACCUCAGCCUGGUCACAAAGAGUUACACUCGGAUACAUGGGCACAGCAGUGUGCUCAUAAAUGUUUAAAAACCAGCUGUCCUCGGAGGGGGAUAGCUUUGUAAUGUUUGCCAAUUUCCAUGGUGCAAAUGCUGCCACCAUGGCUGAUUUCAUCACUGCCAAGCAUAGACAUCCCCAAGAGGGCACCACAGAUCUGUCCCUGGCAUCCAGCCCAGGACCUGGCACAAAGCAGGCCCUAGGGAAACGCUUGCUGAUUGAAAGGAAGGAAGAAAGAA